UACCAGCGUUUGUAUACAUGAUUGUACUAUUUCCUUUAGUGAAACUGAAUUGCAUGUCAAUUGUUUCAAAUUCCUUUCAGAAAAUUAAUUUAUCGCUUAGUACAAGUUUUAUAAAAACAAAAGUAGUGAUGAAAAAUAACUCAGCAGUGAACGAAUGGCUAGAAAGACCGAAAGGAGAAAUACCGGACGACAAAGCCAAACCGAGUAUCGAGAAAAUUUUGUGUAGUCCCCCGUGAGGCAUCAAGCCAAGCCAAGUACCAAUGCCUUGCCAGGUGCAGUUAAUUAUACCGUUGUCACCUUUUGUUUUCAUUUUGUUUUACGGCUGUGGUUCUUCAGUAUGGCUUGCACGCUGCUCCGCAUCGUCCAGGCAGCCGUAAAUCUAAGGAGGAGGUUUGAAUGUGCCUUACAGUCUUCGUUCGAUUCCGUAGAAAGUGGCGACGUUGGCGAGGAGCGAGACGAUCACGCUAACACUGAAGAAAAUGGACAAACUCGGGCUGGCGAAGAAGACAUGAACACAAGCGAGCAACUGUCUCAGAAUUUUCAACUUUCGUUCACAGAAGCAGAUGAGGAGAUAGAAAACAUAGGUGAACCCAUUCAGACAACGACAGACGACAUUACCUCGCACAGAAUGACGUUCAUUCAUUCACAAGACAAUCACGGCUCCGAGAACACAGAAAAUGGAGCCUAUAAAGAUGCUGCCACAUCCAGCUCGAUUGAAAUCAUCGAAGAAAACGAGUUUAUCUCAAUAACCAAAGAAAGUGAAAACUCUGAACCACAAGCUGAAGAAAAUAACGAAAGUCUCACAGAAAUGGACAAAAAUGCAUUAACAAUGAAGAAAAGCCAGGGAGGCGCUAACCGAAAGAUUCCUCUAGUGCAAGUUAACGAAAUUAGUGGCUCAGAUAAGAGUAGCGACAGUGAUAGUGAUAGUCGGUGUAGUAUUAAAUCAGUGAGAUUACGUUACGCCGAUGCCGUGUCGCCCUCUAGCGGGUGUAAACCAGCUAAGCUAAUCAGAAGUGACGCGCUCGAAACAAAUGCGGAAAAAGAAUCGAAUAAUUUGCAGUGGAUUUUAUUGGUGAAAGAGUCGGGUUCUGAACUAGUGAAAGACAGUGAUAAGGAAAAUGGAGAUAGUAACACCGAAAGUGAUCUUGAUAAAAGCGAGUUGUUAGGAUAUUCGGAGUGGCUGCUUAAAGGAAAAGAAAGUUUAGAGGCAGAAAACUCUUCUGAUGAGAGCGACAUUAAUAUUGUGAGUCCUGGUACAGACGAGGACAAGGAAGAGAAUGACAGCGAAAAUUACCUAGAAGACGACGACGAGCUCAUGGCUGACGAAUCCUUCGACGAAUCCUUUGUGGAUGACGGGUUCGUCAGCCUGGAACUGGAAGAGUACGAUGAUAACGUUAUCAUCGAAGAAAAUGAAGAAGACUUAGAGAGAGAGAGAAUAGAGGAGGAGAUGAUGGAGGACAUGAGAAGAUACUUCCAACAAGGGGGUGGUCGCGGGGAACAAGUUGAACACAGGAAACUCAGCCGACAGUACAGCCCAGCCGUCUACCUCCCUGCCGGACCUCUACCCGGGAUUCCGGCUGACGGAGAUAUUAGUAAGAAUAUGAACAAGGGUCAAAAGACUCUACGGCUCCUGAGAAUGCUGUUGUUCCUACCAGAAAGCAAUUUCAAAUGCGAGUAUGUGACAGACAAGAGGCAAGAUGAUGUCUUUUAA